CUUGGACCAAGCUCUUUUCAACAGCCAUGACCCUCAAACGCAAACGGAAGGACGAUAAAUCAUCAAAAAAGCGACCUCUGGCAGACGACAGUGACCCUACCUCGGGUAUAGAAGGAACUAUCAACGAUGGCGAGGCUGUUGCAGAAAUGGAAGAAGAGUGGGGAGGCAUUGAGAUUCCCAGUAAUGAAACACCUGAGCAAGAACCAAAGACUCAUAAACUGAGUGGCGAAGAGAUCCGAAAUAUGAAGGAUGCCUCUGAAUUAUUCAAGUCUAACUCUUUCAAAUUGCAGAUUGACGCCCUUCUUCCGAAUGUUCGUCCUAAACAGAAGAGAAUACCUCCGUUGGAUCGCUUUCUGCUUGAUUUCCACAAUUUCCUUUCCAAACUUCCGUCUGUACCAGCAAGGCACCCACUUGAAGCCGCGCGCGUUCUCUUGAAGAAAGGCGUUGCAGUUCCUUAUCCCACGCCUUUGCCCACCGAAGAUACAAAUUGGAAAGUUGCCUUUGAGACGCCCAGCAACAUCACUCUCGUCGGAAGUUGGGCAAAUAAAACUCAUGUCAAAGGUCAGGAUGGCCAUCGGUAUGGUGUUGAUUUGGCCGUCGAAAUGCCUUCCACUCUUUUCCAAGAGAAGGAUUACUUGAAUAGCCGAUUUUUCCACAAACGAUCGUUUUACCUCGCUGCUAUGGCUGCGGCUAUCAUUGGCGAUACGGAUAUUGGCAUGAAGGUUUCGGCGUCGUAUAGCUCCGUUGGAGACGAUCCACGCCUCACGAAGCUAGUUCUUGAGCCUCGCGCUGAUGGCUCUGUUUAUGACUUCUCAAAAUUGAAUGCAUGUGUAUGCAUCAUUCCCGUACUCUCUCCCAAUUCCCCAAUUCCUCUCCAUCGAUUAUCCCCUUCUCGUCUCAAUUUUCGUGGGGCCGCAGUUGACAGCGACGAAAGCAACAAGCAGGCUGCAUCUCCUUUGUAUAACACUGCCAUCCUUACUUCGCUGACACCCAAAUAUCAUCUUUUAUCGACGCACGCUCUUCAGCAGAACGUUCCUGCUCUCAGUGAUGCCGUAGCUCUACUACGUGUUUGGGCUAACCAACGUGGUUACGGGGAAGGUUCGAAAUUGACCGUAAGAGGAUUCGACGGAAAGGGCCCAUGGUGGACAUUUUUACUCGCUCUCCUGGUGCGCGGAGAGGAACCUUCCGCUCCCAGCAACGUCAAACGAAAGCCACUUGGACGAGGUUUGAGCUCGUAUCAGUUAUUCCGAGCCGCGCUUGAUUUCCUAUCGAAACAUGACUUCGAGAAUUCUCCCGUUUUCAUCAAAACUGAGAAUGGAAGCCAUAGAUACCCACCCGAGGAGUAUCAAAGUCAUAACACCGCGAUUUUUGUCGAGUCAAGCUCGACCGCGAACCUUUUGGCUGACGUCCCCACCGGAUCCCUGAAACUGCUGCGAAGUGACGCAAGGAAGACAUUGGAUUGUUUGAACCUGGGAACUUUAGAAGACCCAUUUCCCGAGGUGUUCUUGAGGGACCACAGAGAUUUGCAAUCCCGCUUCGAUGCAGUGCUUCGUGUCGAUCUCUCGUCCGUGAAACCACGGAUGAUACCACCGUAUAGAGCAAUGGACUCCGGAUCAGCCGCAAAUGCCAUGAUGACUGUCAUGACCUCGCUGAUUGCACAUGGUCUUGGGAAUCGAGUUCAGGCUGUCGCGGUGUUGCAUCCUUCCCCUUCACCCCGGCCACUAUCUCAGGCACAUCCAUCCAGUCCACAUAUUAUCCACAUUGGUUUGGUGUAUGAUACGCGGCAUGCUUUCAGACAAGUUGACCACGGUCCGGCGGUCAGCGAGACUGACUCGACGGUCACUGAGCGUUUCUUGGACUUUUGGGGUGACAAAGCUGAGCUACGGAGGUUUAAGGACGGCAGUAUCGUGCAGAGUGUGGUAUGGGAUGUCAAAACCGUUGAUGAAAAGGCGCACAUACCAAUCAUGGUUGUACGACAUAUCCUACAUCGUCACUUUGGUCUAGACGUCGACGCCGUCACGAGCUGGCAAAGUCAAUUCGAUUCUUUGUUAAGGCUUCCCGAAUCGAUAUCGCGAUACUACACUGGUUCAGGCAUUUCUAUGGGAUUUAAAGGAGCCAUAUCAGCAUUUGAUAACCUUAUAAAGGGCAUCAAAGCUCUGGACGAAAAAGUGCCGCUGACAUUAUCGAGUGCUAGUGCGAUAUCGGAUUGUCUGCGUUACACAAGCGUCUUCAGUCCCGUUCCCCUUCCGUCUUCCUUAGCUGUUGCACUCCCACCCAACGCUCGAUAUCUUCACCCUAUCGAGAUUGUUCUCGAAUUCGAGAAGUCUUCUAGAUGGCCAGACGAACUAAAAGCCAUUCAAAAGAUCAAGCUAGCCUUUUUCGAGAGGAUAGCAAGCGUUCUCACGUUUUCAGCGGAAGGUUUCAAGGCCUCGGUUGUUUUAGGGGAUUCUUUGAACGAGAUCCAGGAUAACGCCCGUUUGGAAAUAAUAACUCCUGAAGGGUGGGCGUUCCAUGCUCGAAUUUGGCAUGACCGAGAGGCUACCCUCCUAGACCGCAUUAUUAGAGGGACAGGAAAUCUCCCUCACGUUACAGGCAAAGCGAAGGACCAUAAGAAGCGGAGGGAACACCGCGACGCCGUUCAAGCCAGAGAGGUUCACACUCGAAGGUUUAUACACGCUCCUCGCCACCAUCGUGCGGUUGCAAAGCUUUGCCACCAUUUUCCCGCGUUUUCUGGUACAGUCCGCCUAAUCAAACGUUGGUUUGCCUCUCAUUGGUUACUUCACGGCCACGUCACGGAAGAAGUCAUCGAGUUGCUCUGUGCUCGGUUCUUUGUCGUUCCGGGAUGGGAUCAAGAUGUGGAUCAAGAAAACCAGCGUCCCCUGGAGAGUCCCACGGUUCCGGGAAGUAAAGAGAGGGGCUUCGCUGUAGUGAUUCAGUUUUUGAAGGAUUGGAGGUGGGAGAGAGGAAUAUUUGUACCCAUUUACGACGUGUCUCUGUCCGAUUCGGCGCGUGAGGUAGUGAACGCCUGCAACGCUGGUGUCUGGAGGGUGUCGACGAAAAUGGACGAGCAAGGUACAAUGUGGACCAGGAAUGGACCAGAUUUUAUCGUUGCUCGCAGAGUUCAAGCAUUAGCACAGGUGACAUGGAAAUGCUUGCAAGAGAUGGAAAUGAGUGGAAGAAUGGAUGUUCAGUCAUUGUUUGACCAUCCGACUGACGACUAUGAUCUCGUCCUCUCACUCAAUCGUCAAUCUCUAACACGGUAUCACCAUAAUGUCAAGGUUGACACAAGUAAACUGCCAAAGCAAGGAAGAGACCAGAAUCAGGUGGAUGGUACACUCGUCCGUCCUGGAUUUGAUCCAGCCAUGGCCUUUUUCGAAGAUCUUCAACGAGUGUAUGCUGACACGUUCAGAGUGUUCUUCGAUCCAUUCGGCGGGCACCGGAUCGGGGCUGUUUGGGACCCGUCCUUGAAACAACCGAGACCGUUCCGUGUGUUAGGUGGCUUUUCAAGUGUACCAGUAGCAGAGAUAUCACCCUCAUCUAAGGACAAAUCAAAAUCAAAAUCGUCGCAGAAAGAAAAAGAUUUGGUAGCUCUAAAUGAAGAGGGUAUUAUCGGUGAAUUGGAGCGAAUGGGAAGUGGGAUUUUGGAUGGUAUAACCGUUCACGUAUGAUGGACGCG